UAGUAUAGAAAUUAGUUCAGUGGGGAAGAUUCGCAAGAUCCAAUAAAGCAGACCAAGGAAACAUACUCGUCAUACAACAAUUCAAAAUAUACCUCGAUGAAAACCCACAGAGACCAUUGGCUAAUUUACCAUUAGGCUUAACUCCUACUGUUAUCAUAUCUGACUAUCUGGAAAAAAUGUUUACCUAUGUCAAGACAUACAUGAAUCAAAAGGGAUUCAGCAACGAUUUUGAAAAAAAGGCCCGUUUCUGUAUCACAGUUCCAGCUAUGUGGUCCGAUCAAGCAAAGCAAAUCAUGAGAAAUGCAGCUAUUCAGGCUAAAUUGAUCCAUUUGACAGAUCAUCGUGAUAGGCUCAUGUUGAUUUCAGAACCUGAAGCUGCAGCUCUCUAUUGUGAAAGGACGUGUGAUAAAUUUGAUAUGAAGCAUGGAGAUGAAUUUAUGAUUUGUGACGCUGGAGGCGGAACGGUUGAUUUGAUCGUCUUUAGGCUCGAGAAAGGAUUGGAUGGAAAGACAGUAUUUAGGGAGAGUACAAAAGGACUAGGAGAGACGUGCGGGUCGAUGUUUAUCGACUUGAACUUUAGAAAGCUGUUACGAAAGAGAUUAAAGAAAGUGUUGCGUCCAUCAGCUAAUGGUAAAGUGGAGAUCCCUUCAGCACCUUUUGAACAUAUGAUGGAUGUCUUUGUUGACAGCUCUAAGCCAUUGUUUGACAACACUGAUGACAUUUACUGUUCUCUGCCUAUGGGAUUUGAUUUACUCAGGAAAACAGACCCAUCAAUAGGCUUAGAUGAAGGCACGAUCACGUUUACAAAGGAAGAAAUAAAGAAGAAUGUCUUUGAUCCUGUCAUCCAAAGGGUCAUUGGUCUCUGCCGUCAACUACAAAAGGAUACUACCAAUCUAAAGGCUAUUUUCAUGGUGGGUGGUUUUGGCUCUUCUGCUUAUCUUUAUCAACAAAUGGUAAAAGAGUUUUCACCUGAAGGAAUCAAGAUAAUUCAGCCUGAUAGACCAGAAAUGGCAGUGGCUCGUGGAGCAGUCAUCUUUGGUUUGAAUCCUACAAAGAUUGCUACACGAAUCCCAAGACUGUGGUAUGGCAUCAAGAGUGCAUAUCCAUUUGACUAUGAAAUGGAUCCUGAUGAAUACAAGGUGAUUCGACCUGAUGGUAGUGUUCGAUGUGAUAAUCGUUUUUCUACCUUUGUUGAAAGAGGCAAACCUUUAGAUUUGGACAGCUGUAUCGUUCGGCAUUUUACCAUCUACGCUCCUCACAAGACAGCGUGCUCUAUCUUUGCUUCUGAUAGUGAAACUGAACCAAGAUAUGUGGUCCCUUCUCCUCACAAUAAUGUCAAAAAGGUGUUUGACUGUGAUAUCCCUAUGCCCCAUUUACCCAACAUAAAGCACGGCGAUCCUAUACCACUGACGAUAAAGAUGUACUUUGGUGAAAAUGAGCAUCGAGUGGAAGCCGUUAUUAACGAUGUUACUUAUAAUGUUUCCUGUAAAUUUGAAGUAGAAUAAAGAUGUUUUUUAUUUAUACAAGUUUUUUGGCUGUAAAGAAAUUUUUAUAGUAAUGCAUCUGCCAGAAACA